AUGAACUCUUUAGUCUUGACCCCAUUAUUAAAUGAUCCUUCUUCUUUUUAUUGUGAAAACAAUAAUAAUAUUACUUGGCUUUUGACUCGUCUUGAAAAACGUAUUAAUCAAAUUGAAGAAAAUAUUUACAAUCUUUUAGGUAAACUUUUUAUUCGUGUAGAACGGUUGGAAAGCAAUGUUGAUCUUUAUUUUGAUAAAGUUUAUUCAACUCGGCAAUAA